GCCGGAAACGUGAGUAGUAAAUAAAAGUUUCACCAUAAUUCAUCACCGGCUAAAAUACUGUUUGGAUUUCAUAUUUCUAGUUUAUGAAUAUAAUUUGCUUUAAACCAUAAACUCUUAAUUUUAACGCAAUCAUCAAGAAAUAUGCCACAGAAUUCUAUGAAAGAUCGAAGACCUGGUGUUGGUGUUGCAGUUAUUGUUACCAGUAGCAGUCAUCCGAACUGUGUUGUUUUGGGUAAACGAAAAGGAGGAAUAGGAUCUGGUCUUUAUCAGUUACCAGGUGGACAUUUAGAAUUUGGUGAAACAUGGGAAAAAGCUGCAGCUAGAGAAGUUUUAGAAGAGACUGGUUUGCACAUAAAUAAUGUUGAAUUGUGUCAGGUACAAAACACAAUUCUAGAAGAAGAAAAUUAUCACUAUGUUACAAUCGUUAUGAUAGGAGAAGUUGUGAAUGCAGAUUCGUGCGAACCAAUGAAUAUUGAACCUGAAAAAUGUGAAGGUUGGAGCUGGGUACAUUGGAAUGAUUUACCUUCGGUCGAUAAACUAUUUUGGGCAUUCAGAGACUUCUACAAGAGUGGAAAAAAUCCUUUUAUUAAAUGAAUUAUUAAGCUACAAAAAUUAAGAAAUUUUUGUCAUAAAUUACUUUUAACUGUGUAAAUACUAUAGAAUUUCUACUUAUUACAUUUAUGUUUUUUUUAAAAAAAAUUUUAAUUGUAAAAGCUAUUGUAAAGCUACUAGAAGUCUGCUAUAAUGACAAGUUUCCUAGUCACUGUUAAAAAGCUAAUGUUAAAGUUGUUAUUUUAUGUUUAUUAGGAGCCAAAAUUUACUAAUUUCCCACUAUUGUUAAAAUUUUUUGUGGGAAAUGCAUUUAACUACUGUUUAUACAGAAUAGGGCAAAAUGGAAGACAUUUUUAUUCAUGUCUAAUAACAAUACAGAAUAGGGCAAAAUGGAAGACAUUUUUAUUCAUGUCUGAUAACAAUACAGAAUAGAGAAAAAUGAACAUCGUUUCAUCUUACUUUUUAACACUAUAUGUUUAAACUUAUAUGUGGGUAAACACAUGUUAAGUUAUUUUCCUCUUUACAAAAGUCUCUUACCAUGCAUUUCAAAAGAAGAAUUAUUUUGUUGACCACAUGUCUAUGGUGUUCCCUAUUUACCUUCUCCACAGCUUAUUAUUGUAAUAAAUUUUUAUUGUUAUCAAUGAUGUAAAAUGUUACUGCAAAAACUCUCUGUCUAGUCUAAAAUCUGUAGGCUAAUGCAGUUUAUCUUAGAUAAGUACUUUAAAAUAAAUGGGAAAAAGGUAAAGGAGUCUAUUUUAUCCUUUUUAUUGCUAUUCUAAAACUGAAUAUGUGUAUUUAUUUAUAGCAACAAGCUUAUUAUAGCAACAAUUAGGUCUGCUAUUGUGAAUUGUCAUUAAAGCAGACUUCUACAGUUCAGUCCUAUCAUCGUUCCUGCACUUAUUGCCUAGAUUUAAUGGCCCCGCCACAUAUGCCAUUUAUUAAUGUUAGUAAUACUGAUUCAGGUUAAUUUUGUAACUGGCAGAUUGCUACGUUUAUUGUUAAGAAGUUCUACUUACAUUAAAAAGAAAUGAAGUUUGUUUUGAGAGGAAAAAAAGUAACUCCUUAUGCUCAUGAUAUUCCAAAUAAAAGUAAUUAAAGGGUUCUGAAAUGUU